GACUGCGGCGACAGCUCUAAAUCUCUUCCACACAAUUCGGUUAUCAGUGGACUGUUUGUUGCGCUCCCUUGUCCUUCGCUGCUUGGAAUUCAAUGAUAUUCCAGAUGAACUCUCGAAAUUCUACAAAGCGAAUGCGGAAUACUCUGCCGUGGAAAGCAAGUCGGAGUGCCUGGAAAACACCCGUGUCCAGAUUCAGGAAUCGAUACUCGAUCACUUGGAGAAACGGGAACACCGAUUUGUCUGGCUUCGCGGCUCUCCGGAACUGGAAAGACUGCUAUAUCAAUGAGUGUCGCGUCAACUCUCGACAGACAGGGUCGCUUGGCAGCAUCUUUCUUCUGGGACAAAAAUCGGAAGGGUGCAGGACUUGCUUCGAUUGAGCACUUUCCCUCCACUCUUGCACGUCAGCUUGCCUUGUUUAAUGCCGAGUACGAGGGUCUUCUCGUCAGUCGACUCCGACAACCUUCAUUGAAGGAUGUUCUUGGCUCCGCUCUGGAGAAACAAAUGAGAGCUUGGAUUAUUGAUCCAAUGAACAAACUCUUAUCAUUGGGUGAGGAGCGCUUCAUCAUCAUCUUGGAUGGACUGGACGAGUGUGGGGCUCAGGAGGAACUUGAGUCCUUAAUGAAGCUAGUACUUAUCCUCGAUGAGCUGCCGGCUGUAUUUGCUGUGUUUAUCAGCUGUCGUCCAGAGUCAUCGGUCAUCUCGGCUUGGGAUGAGGCCCGGGCUCAGGGCCUUGUCAUACCAUAUGAAGAUGUGGAUGCUAUCGCGAAGGGUGAGAAGUUCUACACUAUCCGCCGCAUGGUCGAGGAAGGCCUUCAGGGUUGCAUCAAGAAGUCUUCCUGGAAACCGUCAAAAAAGGAUAUCGAUGCAUUUGCCUCGGCCUGUCGUGGAUUGCCGAUUAUCGCCUCAAUCCGAGUCCGGGAUGUUUCUGUUCGAACUCGUCGUGGUGCAACCCUUCGAUCUGAGUUUGAAUACUUCCGUGACCUCAUCGAUGCCCCCAUUGACGUCAAAUCAGAGUACUUGCGCAUACUUCGCCGUGCCUAUAUGUCCGACUCAUCUGGAGUCCCUCCACAUAUAGCCACGAAGUAUCGUCAACUAGUUGGCACAAUCACUGUGGCAUUUGAGCCACUGAGUGUGUUCUCCAUGUCGCAGCUAUUAGGAAUUGCUGAGGAAGAGGUCCUAGCCGUAUUGGAACCAAUCAGCUCAAUUGUCGAUCUUUCUGAAGAAAGUGGCUUGGUGUCAAAUUCUACCAUGCAACGAUGAAAGAGUUCAUAACGGGGGAAUCGAUUGGUAAUGAAAAUGACAAAGUAUUCUUUAUCAAGGACGUGAAUAAGAUGUGUUCGGGGAGCCCACCAUUCUCCCUUUAGGGGAUAAACGAAAAUGGAGCGAUUUUCUGGAGAGAGAACGUCAUCGACCCCAUCAUCUCCGAUAUACUCGUCAACAUUUAUUAGAACACUUAGACCCCUCACAGCUCUUUGCACAAGAGUCCAAUUUGCAGGAUG